AUGAAAAAGGCUCCGAUGGUCCUAGUUUUGUGGGGAAAACCAGAGGGGACCGUCGGAUUGGCUUUGAUCUAUAAAAUAGCUGUCACUGGCGGACCUAGUGCAGGAAAAACAACUGCAAUGGAAAUUUUGGAAAAAUUCUUCAAGGAUCAUGGAUGCGAAGUUUAUCUCGUACCGGAAGCAGCAACUGAACUCCAAAAGAUGGGCUUCAGCUUCCCAAAACUCAGUGCCGAUCGAAAAUACAAUUUUCAAAAAGAAUUGAUCAAUAUGAUUCUUUAUCUGGAAGGCGCUCUUUUAAGGGUCAUCGGAAAGCCUGAAGGUCGGGACAUCAUUAUUAUUAUGGACAGAGGAGUCAUGGAUCCGUCUGCCUAUUCUUCUCCAGCAGAAUGGUCUGCGAUUCUGAAAGACCUCGGCCUGAACGAGUUCGAGCUGAAGCAUACUCGUUAUGACCAUGUCGUUCAUAUGGUCACGGCUGCGGAAGGUGCUCCAAAUGCAUAUACCUUAGAAACCAACGCAGUAAGAGUUGAAACGCCAGAGCAAGCCAGAGAUAUCGAUCAUAAAACGAGACAAGCUUGGAUCGGCCAUCAAUAUUUUGAUAUUGUUGACAACAGUGGUACGGCAAACAUUCACGACAAAGUGAAUAAGGUUAUUCAGGUUAUUUGUGAUCGGAUGGGAAUUCCCGGCCAAGUUGCAGUACCAUCAAACAAACGGAAAUGGCUCAUUGAAGAAGUUGAUUGGAAGAAUUUUGGAGUCUUCGAGGAAUUCCAUACGAAACACCUCUAUUUAGUCUCACAUGAACCUCAAGUUCAAGAACGAAUUCGGCGUCGUUCAAAAGCCGGUCAAUCUACUUACACUCUCACAAGAAGAGAGUACAACAAAGAUUGCUCCGGCUACAGUGAGAAGAGGACAAAUUGUAGUGAAGCAGAAUACAACCAUUCGCUCAAAAUGAAGGAUAGGAAACGAUCCUCUAUCUACAAAAGACGGAGAUGCUUCGUCUACGAAACAAUGUCCUUCAACCUGGAUAUCUAUUGCACUCCACUGCCACCAAGAGCCCAUGGAGUCCCUUAUCUGGUUUUGGAGGCGUUCACCAACAUCCCGAAAGGAACCCCAUUGCCAGCCGGAUCAGUUCCACCGUUCCUGAGAAUUGCAAAGGAAAUCACCGAUAAUUCGGAAUACUCGAUGUUCCGGCUGGCAGAGUAUUCUUCAUGA